ACAACCGCCAUAACCGACAGCCCAUCCAUUCAGCUUGCAUCCAUUCAACUUGCCUCAUCCCUACACUACUCCGGCCUACAAUAGCUACAGCCUGGCGAGGCAGCUCCAACCGGGAACCAUGAUAGAGCAGCGCGCGGCUGUUUUCGAGGUUUGGGUGAGCCUUUUGUGUUCCUUUGCCGAGCGGGGAUUGUCCCUGGACCGGUCCCUCAACGAGAGCUCCCGCAACCGGCUCAAGUCCACCCUGGUUGCCAUCGUAUACGCCCUGAGCGAUUAUGUUAUGGACCAUUCGCCGGCCGGUGCGGCCGUCGACGGCCGCGGCCGUGAUCCGACGCUCCGGAAUCUCGACGACGCCCUCGCCGAGUGGAUCGCGUGGCUUCGCCCGCUGGGCGACGAGAGCGACGAGGUGACAGACCUGAUGGCCGCCUGGAAGCCGUUUGUCAACGCCGGCGACGAGCUGGCCGGCCUAAUGAAGGGCUUGGGGAUCUAAGCCCCCUGGGUCCCUGAGUCCCUGGGUUGGUUGGCAUGGUGGCAGAUCCC